AUUUUCAGGUUAAAUGGCAAAUCAUUCGACUAGUGCUCUGGUCGCAUUUCUUAUUGCCAUUAUUAUAAUUGCGAUUGGCCAAAUUAUGAAAAAUGAUUUAGCGGCUUCCAAAGCAGGAACGUUGAUUGCGGGUGCUUUGGGUUCCUUAGUUUUUGUUUUUUUGCUCACAGCUUUGUCAAAUUUUCAAAUGUCUUCAAUCAGUGAACAAGUAAAAGCUGGACUUACCGAGGUCUUCUUAUGUCUGGUGGUUGCUGUUAUUGCUUCUGCUACGAUUCAUCGAGUUGCCAUAACGGUCUGUCUGCUGUUCUCUGCAUUUUUGCUGUUUUUAUUAACUGGAAUCAGUCAGACGAGGUAUACAACGACAGUUGUACAAAAUGUUGUGCAACAACGGAAGAAAAAAUAGUACAAAUUUGACGAAUCAGUUAAUUUAUUUGGUCAAGAUUUAUUAUUUCUUGAUUCUGACAAUACAUUUGCGCUCAGUGUUAAGAAGUGAGACCAGAUUCUGAAAAAUAGGAGUAAGAUUUUGUUACUUGGUAUUUAUCCCUGAAAGCCUCUAAUGAAAGGCUGUCAGUGUUAUUGAUCCGUAAAUGAUAAGCAGGGACAACAGUAAGCAUAAUUUUCUUUACCUUAAGUAGGUUACAGAUAAUGUCCGGUGGUUUGUUGAGCAGCAGAAGCAAGAUUUGCCAUAUGCGAUUUAUGCGAACUUAAAUUUAAGUCUAUGCGUCAAAUCCAAUAGUUCGUGUACAUAGAGCGUUCCAGAUCAUUCAAGUACGAAUGAUCUAUUAAACAUUUGCAGCCGUGAUGUUAGUGUUUGUACAACCUCUGCUUAAAGCUCAAAAGACGUGAUAUACUUUUUUCCUUAUAUAUACCUGGGAUUGUUCCUUUUUAUAUUUCAUCUUUAAAAUAUGAUUAGAUUGCGGCUAUGCACGUUUACUGCGUUAUUUUGUUAUUUAUUAUAGGUUGCAUCUAUGGUAGGAGGUAAAUUAAUAAACGGUGUCUUAGUUGUUUCGUAUUAUUUCGCUUAUUUAAUGCUUCCAUAUCACCUUACGUUGACAUACUUUUGUUACCUUGUUUUGUUUUGUUAUAAAUGUAAGAC